AUGUCCAACAUUUCUUUGACUCAGGCCAACGAGUUUCAUAUCUACUUCAACCAACAGCGGCAGAGUAUUCUGGAUGAUCUCAACUCGUCGUCUAACCUGUCCGACCUCAAUUCGAAGAUAUCAGAUCUACGUACUCGUGUCGAUCAGAUUUCAGCUUUGAUACCUGUUUACGAUAGAGUCAAAUAUGAUAAACAAUUAACAGAGUUGGAACAACAAACAUCAUCGCUAAGGACGAGGGAUAAACCGAAAUCGAAAUUUACUUUUAACAAAUCAAAGUCUAGCAGUAUCAAGUCUUCCUCUACGCCCACGCCCACACCUACGCCAGGAAACUCAUCAUCACGUCAACCUCAGGCUGAAGCAUCCUCAUCCACAUCGAUUUCAUCGUCCAAUACUCAUACCAUAUCCAACCUCUCCCACCGAUUGAUCCGACCCCCUAAAGAUGUUAUCGGAACAUACACCUUAUCCCUCUCGGAUCUAUCAGACUGUAUCAUAGACCUCCGACCGAAUGUACCUGACGAUAGGGAUGGAGAGGCCAAGGAUCAAGCUAGGUUGACAGCUGUACAUGGGAAAUCUCUCGAGAGAUGCGUGGUAAUCACGCCAGUGGUGGGAGGAAGUGUAUUGUUGGAUGAGGUGAAAGGGAGUUUGUUGAUAUUGGGUUGUCAGCAGUUCCGUAUACACUCUUCAUCAGUGACUACUAUCCUCCUUCAUGUCGAUUCCUUACCAGUUAUUGAACAUUGUACCAAACUCAAAUUUGGAUCUUAUCCCCAUGGAUUGCAUGAUGAGAAUACCAACCUGAACUCGAACUUGAACUUGAAUUAUCGGAAAGUACAAGAUUUCGAUUGGCCUUUACCUACUCCUUCACCCAAUUGGACUCUCCUAGCAGACCAGGAGCCAUCAUAUCAUGUUGCAUUGGUACGGAGGAUAGAAGAUGUGAAGAGUGAUGAAGAGGUCAAUGAGGUGCUGAAGUCACUUUUAAGUGUGAACACAGAUAGUUUCUAG